AUGUCAAAACGAGGUACACAACGAACUCGAGGAAAUACAAAACCUGCAAGUAGUGCGAAAGCUUCUGCAACACUUAUCACACAUGGAAUUAAUUCCUUUACAUUAUUUUCCGGUGAUAUACCUAUUUCCAAUGGUAUCGAUGAUAUUGGAAUUGAUAAUGAUAUUGACUCUGAAUUACGUGUCAUAUUACGUAAACUAACGAAAAAAGAUUCAACAACCAAAAUUCGAGCAUUUAAUGAAUUACGAGAUUAUUGUGAUGAAAAUGAAUCAGCUGAUGAUAAAAUUCGUGUUUUUCUACCAUUUUUUAUUUCACAUUAUCGUAAAUGGUCAACCGAUUGUGAUCAACGUGUUCGCGAUGAAUGUCAAUUAACAUUUGAUACAAUUGGCAUGCGUAUGAAAAAAAAUUUAUCACCACAUUUAAAAGUUCUUUUACCUAUUUGGUUAAUGGCACAAUGUGAUUCCUAUGCACCUGCUGCAUCAAAAGCAAAAUUUCUUUAUACAAAAUUAUUUAGUGGAGAAAAUAAACAAGCUGAAGCUGUUUAUUUCGCACGAAAUGAAAUCAUGUCAACAUUAACUGACGAAAUCAAUCAAUGUUCGGAUGUUCUUAAAGACAAAAAAGAGAAUGAAAUGGAAACCGAUGAUGCACAUGAAAGACGUUUAGCACAAGUUCUUCUCGCUCUUGCGCUAUUUCUUAAUUAUUUCGAAGCAAAUAAACGUUCAGAAUUAACAAGUCACUUCAAAACUAUAUUUGAUUCAGGAAAAUUUUGGAAAUUAGAUAAAAUUAAAUCAGUACAAAUUCAAAGUUCAUUUUAUCGUUGUCUUUAUGAAUUAAUCAAUCUUAUACCUGAUGUUAUACGUGAAUAUAAAACAAAAAUAAUUCCACUUGUUUUCUAUGCAAUUAAUGAAACCGAACCAAAAUUAUGUCCAUUAAUAUGGGAUUGUUUAAUACUUUGUUUAGAUACAUUUGAUGAUUGUUGGUCAUUAAUUAAUUAUCAAAAAGCAUUUUUACCAAAAUUAUAUGCGUUUUUAAAAAAUGCCUGUCAUGGGAAUGUUUUUGGUGUUAAAGAUUGUUUAUUACCAUUGAUUAUGAAAAUACCACAAACAGUUAUUGAAGAUAAAAUAAAUUAUCGAUUUAUUGAAAACUUUUUUCAAUCAAUGGAAGAAGGAAUUUUGUCAAUUAAAGGAAGACAACAGAUGAAUAAUGUGAGUUCAUUAUUAAAAGCUUAUAUGGAUUGUUUACUUUAUGUAUUAAAACAUCAUACAACAAAUCAACUUGAUUUUCUUAAUGAACGAUUACUUCCAAUGAUACGUCGCUCGCUUGAUGAUAAAGAUUGUUCAGUUCGAAAUGUUUAUGCUCGUCAAUAUGUUUAUCUAUUAAGUUCAAUUCAAUCAUUUCGAUUAUAUAGUGAUCAUUUAAAUAGUGUUCUCGAAUUAUUUCGUGAUUUAGUAAAUCAAUCAUCGACAUCUAGUGAAUCAAAUGAUUUAUUAAAAUAUAUAUUCGAACAAUCUAGUAUACUUUUUGAAACUAUAUUAUGUCCACCAAAAUUAAAAAAUCUACGUUUUGCUGUUAAAACAUCGUCAUCAAAUGAUCUUUCAUCAAUGGAUUCAGCAACAUUUCA